AUGGCCGCCGCGAGGAGGCUCUCGGAGCUGCUGCAGGAGCAGCAGGAACCGUUCCUCGUCGAGGCCGCCAGGGCAAGGCGGCCCCGGCGCGGCCGGGGCGCGAGCGGGGCGGCGGCAGCAGGAGGAGGACUGGCCGGCUGCUGCCCCGCCGCCGCGUGCCGGCGGCUGCUCAGGCUCUGCAACCACGGGUUCAAGAAGAGGAGGGCCGCCGCCGGCGGCGGCGGCACUGGCGGCUCGGGCGGCCUCAGGUCGGCGCUGAGCAAGGUGCUGUGCAGCAGGGCCAUGCGCCGGGUGCUGCGCUGGGACGACCUCGGCGGCGGCGGCUGCUUCUCCGGCGCCAGCGCCUGCGGCGCUCGCGAGUUCCGCCGCCUGCGCCGCCGCUCCCUCGGGGACAGCGGCGAGUGCGACCCUCGCGCCAUGGUGUUUCCUGGGGACGAUGGGGAGGAGGAGGAGCGGAUGGGGUGGAAGGCCGACAUGGACGUCGACUCGUCGCGCCAGCUCAGCCCGGUCUCCGUCCUCGCCCUGCACUCCGACGACGACAACGACGAGUCGCCGGUGCAUUCCCACUGGGGCGACGAGAAGCCAUCCACCUCCGGGAGCUCACCUCCGUCCGAGUCUUUCCUGGGCCCGGCCUCCCCAUGCUUCAGCUACAACCUCCACGACAAGUUCUGCGAGAUGGAGGUGGACGACGAGGCCGAGGAGGAGACGGUCCGAAACAGGAGGUCCAUAGAGGAGCAGAUCUCGUCGUGGGAGAAGAUCGCGGGGGAGAUCUCCAGGAUACCGGCGAUGAUGGAGCUGGACCUGUCGCGGUCCGCGCGGCAAUGGCGGGAGCCGAAGCCGGAGGUCAGGGAGAUCGGCGCCAGGAUAGAGACCCUCAUCUUCGACGACAUCAAGAGGGAGACCGUGUGCGACAUGCUCGCCUCGCAUUGUCGAUUGGCAGCAGCUACAUCUUGUUGA